AUGAAUCCAUUCACUUUUGAUAAUUCAAUACCACCACUUAAAAGAGUCAAAGAAAGAUUAGUUGGAGAUGCAAUACUAAAGGUAAACUAAUGGAAAAUGAUUCUUUAAAAUGGAAUUCUUUAAUCAGAUGGUACUUCAAUGAGAUUAACUUUAAAUAAGGCAGCUGAGAUAAUCGGAAUUCCUAAAAAAAGUUUAGAAGAUUAUAAUCAGCUAUUUAAAAAAGUAAAAUUGUUGACUGAUGUAAAUCAAUUUUCUAAUGAGAAAAUGGGAGUGUUAAGAAAUUACUUAAAAAAAAAUUCCAAAAAGCUCAAAAAAAUAUUAAAAACUCAAAAAGUCAUAGAAAAUUCAAAAACAAAAUAAAAAAAUAAAAAUUUUGAUAAUUCUGCUUAGAAAAUUCAAUUAGAUAUCUAAGAAAAUGAAAAAAUUAAUGAAAUUGGAUAGCAUUCAAUUUCAGAUUAGACAAAUUUUCAAAAAUAAGAUGAAACUUCAAUGAUUAAAUUGUAAGAAGAUUAUGAUUUAUUCAAUAAUUUUGAAAAAGAAUAUGAAUCUGACUUGGAAAGUAAUCCUUCUCCUCUAGGAGUAAAUUUCAUAUUCAGAAACAAACAAACAGAAUGUCAGCAACAAUUUGAUUAAUUUUGA